AUGACCAUUGACGAUACUGCUCAAGGCAAGACGAAGGCAAGUGUCCGACUUGAUCAGAUCCAGCAACAGGUUUUGGGGAAAUCAAAUCCCCGCCGUCAGAAGAAGACGAAGGCAGCUGAAGGCCCGGCAGAUUGGUCCGACGUGCUCGCGGAACUGGACCAAGUUCGAAAACUCGCCCAAACUCCAAAAACCAACACCACCGGUUACAUUCGUCACAAAGAGGCAGGGAAACUAUGGGUUAGGGAAAGGGUGGAAAUGCUCCUUGAUGCGGGAAGUUUUCGAGAAGUUGGGAGCGCCGCGGGUACAGCUACAUGGGUUAAAGCAAAUCCCUCAUCCGACAACAUCGUUGAGGCGGAAAAGGAGAUUAUUGCCGACUUCGUUCCCAGCAACAAUGUCCAGGGAUUCGGCAACAUCCGGGGUCGAAGAGUACUAUUGACUGCGGACGACUUCACUCUCCGCGCGGGCCAUGCGGAUGGAGCACUGAUGGCAAAGACACUGUAUAUGGAAAAGCUUGCGGUGCACAUGAAGCUCCCCAUGAUCAAAUUAGUUGACGGCUCUUCGGGCGGUGGGUCGAUAACCACCUACCGAGUCCAGAAAGCAUCUUACAUUCCUCAAUUGGAACUGUUACCAUGGGUGAUGCGGCAAUUAGAUCUGGGCAUUCCGAAUUGUGCAGCUGUGGUUGGUCCGGCCGUUGGGCUGGGUGCUGCGAGGGCUGCUGGAUGCCACUUCUCCGUCAUGGCGAACGACAUUGGGUCACUCUUCAAUGCCGGACCAAAAGUGGUUGAAGGGGCCACCUUCGAAGAAGACCUGAGUCCGAAGGAACUUGGCGGAGCGGAUAUUCAUUGCUGCAAUGGAGUUAUCGAUAACUUAGCGGCAGAUGAGCGUGGCUGCUAUGAUCAAAUAGCACAAUUCUUGCAAUACGUACCGAACCAUGGCGGCGUACUACCGCCUGUCUUGCCUUCGACGGACGAGCCCAACCGGUUGUGCCCGGAACUGAGGGAGGCCAUACCUCGAAGGCGGCAACGUUCCUACGAUGUCAGGUCGAUUAUCCACCACCUUGUUGACAGGGACUCUUUUUUCGAAAUUGGCCGACUCUGGGGCAGAACAGUCGUGGUAGGCUUAGCCCGUUUAGGUGGCAGGCCGGUGGGCAUUUUCGCAGAUGAUCCUCAAUUCAAUGCCGGAGCCAUGGACACGCCCGGCUGUCAGAAACUAAUGAAGCAUAUCAAGCUUUGCGACGUGAUGGGCCUUCCUCUGAUUCAACUUUUGGAUAUCCCAGGGCAAAACAUCAGAUUUGCCAUCGGGACUGCCGCAGAGAGGAGUGCUUGCAUGAAAUGGGCGAUGGAGCUUUGCAAGGCUUACUUCUCCACCACGAUUCCCAUCUAUACCAUCAUCAUUCGGCGAUGCUAUGGUAUUGGAGGGGCUAUUCUCGCCGACAACCGAAAUCCAAAUUGCAGGGUUGCAUGGCCGUCAGUGAAUUGGGGUUCGCUUCCCCUGGAUGGUGGGAUUGAAGGCAUGAAAUUUCAUAUUCCAUUGACACUUCGAAGAGCUGGAGAAAACUACAAACAGGUCUAUGGCCGGCUUGAAGCAGAGUACCUCAACCUUAUGAAUCCAGUCCGCACGGCAAACUACUUUGGGAUAGAAGAAAUUAUCGAUCCAGCGAUGACGAGAACUCUGGCUUGUGAAUGGACAAAGGACAUGUAUGAAACAAAUCUGCCUGAGCGACUAAAACAAAGGGACUGUGGCAAGAUUCAGCCGUCCUUUGCUUGA